GGUGCUGGACAGCCACGAAGGCCGAUUCUUGGGCGAUGGCUGACUAGCGAAAGCGUGGACUGCAGAGGUCAAAAGCCCAAGAUGUACUCGUUCCAGUCAGAUGAGUGCGAUGUCCCUUCCCAGUGGCCUCCGGAACUUGCAGCGCAGAAGCGCCCCGUGGUGCACGUGCACGAGAUCUCCGAUGGUGAAGAUGAGCCUCCCAGAACUCGCCAAAGACAGGAGGAUGCCAACCCGGCCUUCGGAGCUGCAUUGGGACGCCUGAUCUUGGGGGAGGAGGUGGCCUUGGAAGAUGCACUGGAGCGAGCCCGGCAACAGGCCGGGCAUCGGAUGCCUGAGGAACAGACGCUGGCGUCGGAGGUGUCUCGCAUCAGGGCCGCCGCGGUGGACGACUACCGGGAGAUUCUGGGGCUGAGCCCGGAGAAUGAUCUGGAGCUGCCUGCCGCACAGUCCAGAUAUCGUCAGAUCAUGCGGCUGCUGCACCCCGACAAGCGAGGUGCCGCCACUGCAGCCGUGGGCGAAGCUGCCUGCGAUGAGGCAUUGGAGCGGGUGCAGCAGGCUCUGCAAGGACUCAAGAAGGAACUCGAGAUGGGCCCGGACCCUUCCAACGUCGCGCGGCAGGGAAUGAGGCGUAUGCAGGAGCUGCAGCGUUUGCGCACGCAGCAGGCCAGACAGCAGCAGCAGCAGCAGCAGCAGGCCGGCGCCAAGCCGCCGGAGCCGGCUCCAGCGCGCGUAGGGCCAGAGACCUCGCAGCAGCCUCAUGAGGACGUGAGGGAUGAUGCCACGCAGCAGAUCAUGCGACUCUUGGCCCAACUCAAAGAGCAGCAAGCGAGUUGACUUCCUCGAAAAA